AGUGCUGACCAGAGCAUGGUCAUCACGAUCAAACCCCCGUCCCAGCCCAGCGUGGCUGGUGCUGCAGGUGCCCCCCGGGGCUCCUCGAAAGAAUAUGAGGACCCUCCUUGGAGCGACCGCAGGCCUCGGGGAGGGGAGGGCGAGCCCCCUGGCCGGCAGCGCCCGCCCUCAAAGCCAGGAAGGGCCGAGGGGGCCGACAGCACAGAGGACUGCCAGCUGGUCUUCCAGGAGGAGGCCGGCAAGCCCCGGGUGGUGAAGUCUGUGAGCAGCUUGAGCGACAGCCUCUCGGAGUCCCGGCGGACGGUCAGUGAGAGCGCCAUUUCCGUGGCCCUGACCGUGAAGGUGAGCGCGCACCCUGUGGCCGGCUGUGCUGCACAGCUCCUUGGGGACAGGAGAGCCGAUAGAGCAGCUGCGGAGAAUGUGUGUACAGCGGAGCGAGCCGAGAAGCUGCCGCCCAGAGCCGAGCCGGAGACCAAACCCAAGAAGACGGCCGUGUGCCCCGCGGGGGCUCUCCGCAGCCAGUACCAAUGGAAGGCCUCCAGCCCCUCGGCCUCCUCCUGCUCCUCCUUCCGCUGGCAGUCGGAGGCUGGCAGCAAGGACCAUGCCUUCCAGCUCUCUCCAGUCCCUUCUAGGUCCCCCCCGGGGGACAAGCCAGCAGUGGGACCCAGUGGCUUGAAGCCCCUCUUCAGUGAGACCCCAGGGCUCUGGGCUUACAAAGUGAAGAGCCGCACCAAGAUCGUCAAGAGGCGGGGGAGCGCCAACCUUCCUGGGGACAAGAAGAGCAGCCCCCCGCCAACUGCCACCGCCAAGAGCCAGUUCAGCCUGCGCAGGAGGCAGGCCCUGCGGGGGAGGAGCGGCCCUGUCCAGAAGAAGACCCCCCCCAAGGGCCUGAUGCAGGUCACCCGGCACCGGCUGUGCUGCCUGCCUCUUGGCCACGCCCACCUCCCCAUCAAGGAAGCCUCCAACCUGAACGCCCUGCUGGCCCCGGCCACCAGCAGAGUGAUCAAGACCCGGUACCCCAUCAUCAAGAAGACCCCGGUGUCGCCUUUCAGCGCAUCCCCCUUCCCCCUUUCCCUGCCUUCCUGGCGGGCUCGGCGGCUCUCCCUGUCCAGGUCCCUGGUGCUAAAUCGCCUUCGCCCUGCCCAUGGAAGAGUCAAGCUCGGCUCCCCUGGCUGGCGGGACAGAGGCUACCGCUGUAUCGGAGGGGUGCUCUACCGGGUGACAGCCAACAAGCUCGCCAAGACUCCCGGCCGGCCCAGUGCUGAGGGGGCCUGCAGGCCCCUCCUGCGUACAGCCUCUGUUCCCAGGGAAGGCCCCUCGGGCAGGCGAGGGCUCUCGCUGGGCUGAGUGGUCCCUGAUUUCCCGUGUUUGCUCCUGGACAAAGACAAUGGCCAGGUGUGGUGAACAGGGCUGGCGAGGGAGCACCUGGGGCCGCGGCCCUGGAAUCACAUUGGCACCGCCUCCCGGAAACAGUCCGAGCAGGAGGGGCUGCUUUGGGUUCGCUUACUGUACAGAUUGACUCGGGGAAUGUUUUGGUUUCGGUCCACUUUUACCCUCUUCCCUUUCUGUCAGGAAAAAGGGCAGGAUUGCAGGCGGGUGGGGUUGCAGCACCAGGGCCCGGGCCCCGCCCCUGCCGGCCAGGCUCCCAGGGCCUCUGUCUGUGGGGCUCCGGGCGCCCACAGCCCUCUUCCAGGCAGGUUCGCUGGGCUACCCAGGGAGACACUCAGGGCCUGGGAGGCCUGGCUCCAUUCUGCCCGUGGGCCUCAGCGUCACCAUCCCUUUGCUGGGGAAAAGCAGGUGCAGGGCGCUGGCGGGGCCUCCUGAGGCUCAGCCCCUCCCACCAGCAGGUCGGUUGCCUCUAAUGUCAGAGCUGAAAGGCCGGUGGCAUCUGUAGUCAUGGCCCACGGGCUCCACACACAGCAGUGGCAUGGUGGAGGGCAGGGUCUCCUCCACUGCCUUCCCCAGAAGCAGAGCCCUCCCCACCUGCCGCUCC